UUCGAUCAGUUACACCUGAAUUUUCAAGAGUUACUUUCGACUGGAUUUGUUUUUACCUUGCUGUUGGAAUAUAUUUAUUUAUUUAUUUAUUUAUUUAUUUAUUAAAGCCUGAAUACGUGAACUCUACUUUAAGACAAGACAAACCUGUAUAGCAAGCCUGUAAACGUCAGUUAAUUCAAAACAAUGAGUAACUACACAUAUGGAGACACAUCGAUCAAGCGUAGCGGCGGGACUACUUUCAUCGGCGGACUCACUGAGGUGGAGUUUGUAGUGGUUGGGACUGUGACCGCCAUAGCGUUGUUGGGGAUUGUGGCGUUAAUACUCAGAGUGACAAUGCCGAGGUUAAAACAAAAGCGAAAAGAGCGGACCAUACACAAGAAAGCAGUCGUCGAUGAGAAAAAUGGUAAUUUGGUGGCUCCCGGCACGCCUAUCUCUCAAAUGUCACGCGCGUCGUCAAGGCAAUCUACCCUUGACGACUGGACUGACAGCGCCAGUGACAACACGAAAAUGACGUACUAUUCCCAGGCCAGCCUGCCGUCAAAACACGCAGGUCUCUAUGGCAACUUCAGACUACAGGCACCAAUCACGACCGGACUCAGUGUUUCCAGUGAUCGAAUCAAUGACGAUCUGAUUUCAGUACUUUCAAAUCGAUCAACAGAUCCGUUGGAACCUCUGAACCUUGCUAGUAAUUACCGAGAAAAUUGGGAUAACCAGUUCUCUGACGUCACACUAUCCGCGUCUACUGAAGGGCUGUGCUAUAUUUCGCAUCCUUCUGAGAAUCCAGAUUUAGCCAGUGAAAGAUAUCCAACAAGAUUACAAACGCCAAGAGCAGAAUAUGGAAAUGAACAAGGCAGACAACUGCGAUACCUAGAACCAUAUACACGACUUUAAACUGAACAGUUUGUUCAAAAACUUCUUCCAGUACAGGACUUCAAGCAGACAUAACAUGGUGGGGAAAACAAAAGAGUAAAGCUGAAUUAACAACUUGACAUUUGCAAGGAGAAAUGAUUUCGAAUGGUUUUCGUGUAUUCCAAGCUUUAGAAGCUUUAGAAGCUAACUGCAAUGAAGUUCGAUCACUUUCGCCGGAAGUGUGAUGAAUCACAGGUGUGAUUCUCAACAGCAGACCUGCUAUAUCAAAGUCCGUGAUAU